CGUCAUUCUUAACAGCAACACAUUUGAAACUAGUCCUAACUGAUAAAUACGUGUCCCUUGACCUUGCAGGUGAUUGACCCCAUGAACAUCUCUGAGCCAGAUUCCAGCUUUGCUUUUAUAAGAGAAUUUAUACUCCUAGGUUUUUCUUGUGAGUGGAAGAUUCAGAUCCUCCUCUUCUCACUUUUCCUUACCACAUAUGCUCUGACCAUAACAGGCAAUGGGGCCAUUGUUUGUGUGUUAUGCUGUGACCGGCGACUCCACAUCCUCAUGUAUAUGUUCCUGGGGAAUUUCUCCUUUCUAGAAAUCUGGUAUGUCUCGUCUACAACACCCAAGAUGUUAAUCAACUUCCUCUCAGACAAAAAGACCAUCUCCUUUGUUGGAUGCUUCCUCCAAUUUUAUUUCUUUUUCUCUUUGGGAACAACUGAAUGCUUACUUUUGGCUGUCAUGGCCUUUGAUCGGUACCUCGCUAUCUGUCAUCCCUUGCACUACCCUAAUCUCAUGACUGGGCAUCUCUGUACCAAACUGGUCAUGACCUGCUGGGCUUGUGGGUUUCUGUGGUUCCUGAUCCCCAUUGUUCUCAUCUCUCAGAUGUCCUUCUGUGGAUCAAACAUCAUUGACCAUGUUGUGUGUGACCCAGGACCACUAUUUGCACUGGCGUGUGUCUCUGCCCCAGCAACUCAACUGCUUUGUUACACUCUAAGCUCAUUAGUUAUCUUUGGUAACGUUCUCUUCAUCCUUGGGUCCUAUACCCUUGUCCUAACAGCUGUGUUACGGAUGCCUUCAGCCACUGGGAGACAUAAGGCCUUCUCCACUUGUGGGUCUCAUUUGGCUGUGGUAUCACUGUUCUAUGGAUCUCUGAUGGUCAUGUAUGUGAGCCCAGGACUCGGACAUUCUGCUGCAAUGCAGAAAGUUGCAACUUUGUUCUAUGCUAUGGUGACCCCACUCUUCAAUCCCUUCAUCUAUAGUUUCCGGAAUAAGGAGAUAAAGGCGGCCCUGAGGAAAGUUCUGGGGAGCUUCAGUAUAUUCUAAGACAUAUUAGAUGACCCCUCUAUGAU